AUGCCCCUCACUGACAGCUCAAUUGGUGCAAGCAUUCCUGGAGACGACGUGCACCGCCAAUACAAGGAGCUAAUGACAUUAACAUUUUUGUUCUUAACAGAUCCAUAUUACCACGGCCACUACGGGGAAUCAGAACUGAGAAUCGUCCUUGUAGGUAAAACAGGAGCUGGGAAAAGUGCCACAGGAAAUACCAUCCUUGGCGAGAGAGUGUUUAAAUCCAUACUGGGAGCACAGACAGUAACUGAGAUUUGUAAAACUGGCAGUAGGAUUUGGAAUGGGAAGAUGGUUCAAGUGGUUGAUACUCCUGCAAUUUUUGAUCCAAAGAUCUGUAGUACAGACACUUACAAAGAGAUCAGUCGCUGUAUCGCGCUCACUGUCCCAGGCCCCCAUGCUCUGGUGCUGGUGACCCAGCUGGGCCGUUACACUGAAGAAGACAAGGAAGCGGUGAAGAGAGUACAGGAGAUUUUUGGAGUUGAGGCCAUGAGGUACAUGAUCGUCUUGUUCACCCGAAAGGAAGAUUUAGGGGGUGGUUCACUGAGUGACUAUGUGAGACACUCGGAUAACAGAGCUCUCCAGACACUGAUUCAAAGGUGUGGGGACCGAUACUGUGCUUUCAAUAACAAAGCAACUGGAGCAGAACAGAAAGAGCAGGUUAAUACGCUGAUAGAAAUAGCUGAGCGAAUGGUGUGGGAGAACAGAAACUCAUAUUAUACUAGUGAAUUAUAUUCCAAGGCAGAGGUGAUGCUCAGUUAUGAUAAUGGAAACUUUGAAGAAAAAUGCAGAAACUUUGGAGAAAAAGUGAAACAGCACAUAACAAACCAAAAAGCCAUAGCAGAAGCUGAGCAUCGUGAGAGCUUGACAUCGAACACAGGGGAGCUAGCAAAGGAAGAAGAGCUGGACAGACCCGGCAUCGCUGAAAUGUGA